AUGUCCGAAGAUGGGGACGAAUUUGCGGAGGACAAAAUGUUCAUCCGCUGGGUGCAUGGAGUUAGACGCCUCAAUAGCAUGUUCGCGCUACGCGAAAGUGCAAGUGUGACAGACGUUCGUCGAGAGCAAAAACUUCGCUAUGACUACGCGAAGAUAAAGGCCAGUGGCUGUCUGUGGGGAGCAUCAGGCUUUCGCUGUGCUUCGGCUGCCUCUGCAGCCGCAAGUUCACGUCAAUCUUUUGACACAAGCUCGCCCGCUUUCACUGCGUCGAGUGAGAAGCUUGACGCUCGUCAAGACAAGCUCGGCCGUGGCGCUCAAAAACGUCAAUGGCGUAUGGAUAAUAUUGCCGGACGGGAAUCUCAUACUCCCAUGAGCUUUCAGCCUUAA